CAAACAAUCGGCACACUCUCUCUCUCUCUCUCUCUCUCUAAAGGAGGAGGAGGAGGAAGGAGAAAAGAAAAUCCCCCAAAUCCGCCUCGACGCCAAUCCAAGCAAACACAGAGGGAAGGAAAGGCGCCUCCCGGGUUCGCUUCGCUUCCUCUCUACUUCUCUUCCUCCCCUCCAGAUUCGAUUCGAUUCGCUUCACUUCCGAGGAAUCAUCGCCCGCCCAGAUCCCUGCCUCCCCCGUCCCGCCGCCCACGGUGACUGCGCGAUUCCCCACCCUCCCCGGCCUCCACGCUGUGAAGGAUCCUUAUGAGCUGGUUGGCUGUGGUUUUACUCCAAUUCUGGUGCUACUAAGAUGGGUCAGAAACUGGGCAGCAACAAGUUUGGGACAAGAUUAACAAUACAUGAAAUAGCAGGCGCUUACUAUUUCUCGCUCCUGCUCUCCCCUGUUGUCUCAUUCUGGGAUUGCAUCUUCCGCAAGAUAAGAUACUCAUUCAGACCUGAGUGGGUGUAGCUACCUGCAGUGACCGUUUUAGUAGUAGUAGCAGUUGGUUUGAAAAUAAGUAGACGAGCUCUUAGGAAAGCUUCCAGCAAGGAGUCCGAAAGAAUGAGCUUUUAAGAUUUUGGUUUGCCUUAAUUAUAAUUUGUAGAGAAGUUUAGCUUAAAUAGUAGCAGGCACAGUUGUCAUGGAUAAGGCUAUAGGCAAUCAGGCAGGCAAAGUCUUGAAGAAAGGAAAAAAGAAACAAGCCAAAGAUGAAUUGGAUCGCCAGAAGCAGGCUGAAAAGAAGAGGCGGCGGCUAGAGAAAGCUCUGGCAAACUCUGCGGCCAUUAUUUCAGAGCUGGAAAAGAAGAAGCAACAGAAGAAAGAAGAACAGCAAAGGCUGGAUGAGGAAGGUGCUGCAAUAGCUGAAGCAGUUGCUCUUCAUGUUCUCAUAGGUGAAGACUCCAAUGAACCCUGCCAUUUGAUGCUAAACAAGCACAGAAGGUGCAACCAUUGGGAUCCCUCUGCUGGUUUUGAUUUCACUGUGGAUACACAAGGCACUGAUAUUUAUCCUUCGGACGGACUGAUUUGCGCCAAUCGUGCAUAUGCUCCCAAAGGGAGGCUGGCUGAUUGGGGGAUUGACCAGCCAUUGCCAUCUUGGGGAGAAGUGAGGGACUUCCAAGGUCCGUACUAUCAAGGAACAUUCCAUCAGGCUGUUACCUGCCCUGGUUUCAUAGCAGCCCAAGCAGUCUCGUCGUUGCAGAUCAGAGAAGAUUCAUCAGAAAUUACCUGUCCAGGUGAAGGAGCUGCAGCAGCCACUGUCGUUAACAGGAUGCUUGGUAGCACCAAUAGGCUCAACCUUUACAGAGAGAUAUAAAGUACACUUGUCAUAGUAUUGUAUAUAGUCACCAAAAAAUGUGUUGGCUACGUUGCCUGCAAUACAUCUGGUUUCAAAAGAAAUGAAUGAAUAGAACAGAACAUCUUGUUUACUGUUUUGUGAGUCUAAAGGAUAUUUUGUACCAGUUAGCAUUAAUUGGUAUUGUAAUGAACAUAUGAUUUUGAUUUGCCGUUGCUUUUCGUUCAGAA